AUGCUUUCCUCAGAGCCGCCAGACGGCCGGGGUCCCGCCGGAGACGCGGGAGAAACGGGCGAGGACGACUUGUGUGCAGGAGACAGCGAGCAAGGUGGCUUCGUGUUUGUUUCACCACCCAAAACCUGUGGCCCAGAUGCGCUCACGGGCCGUCGAAGUGUCGGUGAUUUCAAUUUCUUUUCUGGAUGUGAACGGGCCGGAGAAGGAGAUACGACCCGCGCGCUAGCUGUAUCCUCGUCCUACGUUGCGCCUGUCUGCUGCCCUCUCCCGCUUCCCCCAGACGAAGCUGGAGCGCAGAGCGAAACAUAUGGCGAGCCGAAGGGAAGUGACCCUCCGAGCCUACAUGCAGCCCCGGUAGAAAACGAAAGGACUGACCCCGCGUUCUUCUCCAGUGCCAACGACCCACCCCAGACUGGCUCUUCUUAUUAUCCGGUCCCUUCUUCGUUCGUCGGGGCUCCAGAAUGUGGAGCUUCCCACUCGACUCACUUUCUUUCGGCUUCCUACGCUUCCUCUUCCCUCUACCCUCGCCCCUCAGCAUCGUAUUGUCCCCCUUCGGCUUCAUACCACUUCUCUCCUUCUCCCUAUGGCGCUCCCGCGCCCAGCCACGUGUCUCCUCUACCUGGGGGCGCGGCUUGUGCGCCGGUGUUGACGCCCGGAGACGAGCGAGGCGGAACGGGCGUCGGGGCGGGAACCGCAUUUUCCCUGGGACCCACGCCGUCCCCGCGUCCACCCGCUGGUCCCCCUGAUCCGUCGCCUUCCUAUUCGUCUCCUUUUUCCCCUCCUCCCUUCUGGACGGGCUCCGAUUCCUGUCAAGUCCCCCUGGUCGAGCGGCUGGAACCGGAGAGAGCCGUUGUCCUUCCUUCUUUAGCAUGUCCACCUGGGGCCGCCUACGGGAGUUCCUUGCCUCCUGGUCCCCACGUUUCGUUCUUGCCCCCUGCGUGGCCUUCGUCCGCCCCUGUCGCUUCUUCGGCUCCACACAGCGCUGUCGAUCUGCCUUUUCAGAACGCAUGCCCAGGAGCUUCGAGUCUGUCUCCCUUUGCAGUGCCUCCCACCUCCUCCGUCUCUCCGAUUCCGAACUCGGCGGCUCCACACUCCGCACGCUUCCCUUCUGGAGAUCUCCAUGCCUCGGGCCUCACAGCAGCCGCGACCAAUUCGUCUCCGUUUUCUCCGGCUGCCUCUUCGGGGGCCACAGGAAGUUGCGUAUACCAACACGCACUCGGAGUCUCUGGAAGCCCACAGGGAUGCAACGACUGCUCCUUUCCUCUAGCUCCUUUUGGUGCCGCGCCCCCUUCCCCUGGAUGGUCUGCCCCUCCGGCUGCCUCUUCGGCUUCAGGCUCGGGGCGUCUCCCAUGUACUGGCUUCUCUGACGGCCAUUCCCCUGUCGCGGCCUCGCAGCUCCCUUCGCCUCACACUGCCUGCGAGGCGGCGCCUACAGUGCCGGGUCCUCCUACCCCAGCGAUGGGGACAGACGGUGGGCUUUCGUCGCUCUGUGAAGGCCAGGGAGGUGAAGACGGAGGGAAACGAGAAGACAAGAACGACGGAAACAAAGAGAGAAAACAACGAGCAACGAGUGGAGCCGAGGCCGAGGUAGGCAACACAACAACGCGCGCAGGUCUACGUAUUGCUUCUCGCUUCCCUCCUGCCCUCGCCAUCUCUGCUGAUGCCGCCUGUUCACUCCAGCUCGCUGGUCCUUCCGGCGUUGUCCAGGAAGAAGAAAGAGAUGGCGAAAAAGAUGGAGGCGACCCGAGAGUUACUCGUGGUUUGCUUGGCUCGAGUGAAGAUGCGCUGUCUCCUUUUUCGUCGGUUCUUCUCUACUUCGCGGCGGGCCGCCUACAGGCGGAGGGCGAGGACGAGCUGUCUUCAGCGUUGUAUCGACACUUAAUAAAGUCUCGCCGAACGUCUGCAGCCAACCACCUGCCUUCAUGCCACAACUGGAAAGGCGAAGUUCGUUUGUUGGUGCCCGAAGAGAGCACGGCGGUUCUGCCCCACCGACUCCGACCUGCGUCUCAGCGUUGGAGCCUGGCGCCGCCCUCCCGUAGCCGAUUUGACGGGAGCCGCAGCGAGGACGGGUGUCUCCUCAGUGAAGACGAACGUUAUACGGAGCGAAGCCGACGGAGACCAGCGUCGAGACCUGAAGACGAAGUAGAGAGCCACACGCAGGCGCAGUUACCUGUUCUCGCUCGUGGUGAGUUGCUGAAAGAAGAUGUGCAGCUUUUCCUAGCAGAUUUGGUUGCCCUCCUAUCCUCGCGAGUCCCAGGGCACCUGUCAGUUCACGAGUUUCUUCAACGCGCUUGGCCGCCGCAUCUCGCCCUUCCUUCUGUGUCUUCGGAGAGGCCUCAGCGGGUUGCCGACGCUCCAGCAUGUGAGAUGAAGCGACACGAAGACUUCAUGAGACCUUCCCAGGAUCUGCCCAUCGGGUAUGCGCAUCUCCGUUCGCUUCGCCCCACCUUUUCUUCCCCUGGCUCGUCUUCGUCUGGCUCCGGUUCUUCGUUGCGCUUCUUGUUCAAUCGCAACUUGUUUCUUCUCCACAGGUCUGGGCGGUUUUCACGUGCGCUGCUUCCGCCGCCGCGCACUUCAGUGCCGUCUUGUUCAGACUCUCACACCCUCUCUUCGGGAUUUUUUCUCUCGGGUGCAGCGCAUGCAUUGCUGCCUUUGUCCUCACCCCUACUGUUGUCCUCGUCACUCGUGAAAACGUCCUCCAUUCUCGGCGCGUUUCCGCGCGCGGUGUCUCCGGCGGCCGCUGCGGCCUUCGCAUCGGGCUGUGGAGCCCACGCCGCGACCGCAGUCGGAGCCGCGGCGGUCCCGUGGCUCGCCUGGAGUGGCAAAGUCAAGCGUGUGGCGAACGUCUGGGGCCACCAGAUCUCCCACGAGGAGCUCCUCAGCGGCGAGCGCCCGGCCUUGGACAACCAGUUUCAAAUCGGCCUGGUUCGCGAGCCCGCGGCAGUCUACGUGGUGCGCUACGACGCCACCGGCUCCGUCAUUUUCACGGGUGGAGACGACGGCCUGGUGAAGGCUUGGGACGCCGCAACCGGCCAGCUGGUGUAUGCGCUGAUCAAGCACCAGGGAGAUAUCACGGACAUCGACUUGCACCCAAACAACAGUCUCCUUCUCUCAGGCUGCGGGAAAGGCGAAGUCCGUCUCUGGCGAGUCUUGCCGGCUGGGUGGAUCCCGAUCUGUACCAUUCUUGUCCCCGAACGGGUCGCCUGGGCGAGGUUUCUCCCCGAGCGCCACUGCGAAGGCGGGCGCGAGGACCGCGAGAAAUGCCCACUCGACGAAGGCAGACGCCGCAGAGGUGCAUUGAGGGAAGAAGACGGGUCUCGCCACGAGAAGGCCCAAGCUGACGACGAUGCUGGAGGACCCACAUCCCUCGUUAUUGUCGGAUGUGACGACCAAAAGAUACGCUUCUACGACCUCCGCGCCCUUCUCGAAACUCCGCCCGCAGGCGGACCCGGAGGAAGAACCACUGUCUUGCCUCUGCUGGAGGCCGACUGGGGAGCGCCGCUCCUGCCCCGCGCCAUGGACCUAAGCAAGGUCCCUCUCGACGCCUCCGGGUCCUUCCUCUUGGCCCUUGGUUUGGAAGCGCCUUCGGAGCCGUCCUCGAGCAACGAGGGCUCCGAGCCUGCUCUGCCUCCGGCGCCUCCGAGCGACCCAGACACCUCGUCUCUCAGCGUGUUCUCUUGUUCUCUCCUUUCCUCUCGGUCCUCGGGUGGACAGAGCGACGGAGGCGUCCACACUCGGUCGACUUCCUCGCCGCCGUCCUCUGCCUAUCGCGCGCUUGUCGUGCGGACGCCCUCGCUUGCCCACCUUCGGUUGCUGCGCCGCCAGCGAAGGGAGGAGGAGGAGAGACGGAGACGCGAGCGGAGACGAGACAACGGGAAAGAGCUACUCGGAGUGUGUGAGGCCCGAGGAGGUUCGGGCCUCAGAGACGAAGGUCGAAGGCGGACGCGCUUUGGAGGCGAAACAAAGUCGAAAAUCGAGCCAGAUAAAACAAGCAAAUUCCCCGGUCUCCUCUUUGCAGACCUUACUCCCUUCCAUUCGUCGUUCCCGGACGUUUGUUUCGCAUGGCAUUCGCCGGAUCUCGUCACGGGAGGCGACGACGGAAAUCUGUUUCUCUGGUCGUUCUCUUCGCUAUCUGGGGCAUCGCCGGCGACUUCUGCGUCGUGUGUCUCUCGUCUCCGUCCUCCUUCCACGCGCCGUGGCGGACUGCAGUUUUCUGCGUCGAAUCUAAGUUCGCACAAGUUCUUUCUUCUCUCGCUGAGUGUCCAGCGGCUCCUGGAGGGGCGGUAUCUCCCUGGGUCCGCCCGCACACAGCCGUCCUCUCCGAUGUUCCCUUGUUCUCUCUUCCAUGAUUCGCCUCCCUUCGCAGCUGCCUCGUCUUCAGGAUCCCUUUUUGCAGCGGGUGGAGCCCCGCAUGCGUUCUCGGCUUCGCCCUUCUCGUCCCUCUCACAGCUCGCUCAGCGGCAAGGUGGACGCAUGCAGGGCCGAGUCCAGGGGCGGUCUGCCGGGGCUUCUGGGCGCCAUUCCUCGUCUUCUUCGAUUUCUUCUUCUUCCUCGGAUAGUUCGGGGGCGUCGGACGCGGAGGGCGAGGCGGGUGCCGCGGGCCUCUGGCGUGGCCGCCGCGGGAGACAGACGCGUUGGCCUUCUGGCUCGCGCCUCAGUCGCCGCCCAGGGGUGAGCUGUGGGGGCGCGGGCCUUGGCCGGGUGUCGCCGACUGGCUCGGCGUUGGGACUCGCGUUCGGGCCAACUCUCGAGAAAGAGGUCGAAAUGUUUUCUGUGGGCGUCGGCGACCAGCCACGCCACGCGGCCGACGCCUCGGGUGUUCGGUACAGUCUUCUUGCCUUGUCGUUUUCCUGCGACGAUGCGCUGAUUUGCAUCGCGGACGCGGUCUCUCGCAAGACCUCGAAGGCGCGACUUGAGACCUUGAAGCCCGUCGACCAGUCCCUCUCGUUCUUCCCCUCGCCGGCCUCGAGCGGCCCCCUCAAGUCGUGCCGCGUCGGCAGUCUGAGCCUGCAGGGUCUUUCAGAGGGCCUGGUGUCGCAGUUGAAGCCUCACCCGUCUUGUCCGCUUCUUCUCCUCUGCUCCACCUUCAGCGGAGAAGUCCUCCUCCUGGAUGUCUCCGAGACCCACGCCCGAGCACGGGCUGGGAUGGGCAGCGGUGUCACGCUCUGCGCCGCCGACGAAGACAGGGGAGACGGGGUAGAGACAGAAGAGAUGGCGCAUCUCAAGUGGGGGACGCACAGACUUUUUUUCGCUUCGGGGCGAGACCAGGGCAGACGAGACGCAUUUGCAGUUCCCGCCGCAGAGAGGGCGACUUCGCGCUCCUUCUGUUGUGGAGACAAGGAUGAAGAAACGAAAUACAACCUGCCUUGGCACUGGGAGGGAGGAUGCACCGUCAUCCGGAAACUGCGCUUCGGGUCUCAGUGCAGCUGGCUCGACAUGGCUUGGGCCCCCAACGGUCUUCAGUUCGCAGGCACCCACCGACUUGGCUGCUUGUCGAUUUUCGCUCAUGGGUCUUCCCCGUUGUUCGAGGUGACGCUCUUUGAGCAGUUUUUAUCAAGCGAGUCGCGAGACACGCGCCGAGACGCAACAUCUCUUCUCUUGACAGACGCAGGGACUCGUCAGGCUCCACAUCUUUUGUGUCGAGGCAUUUUGAUGGAUGCGGCUCGUCAGCCGUAUCCUUUGCAUCUGCAGCCGCCGUCUGUGUUGCUUCCUCUCCUCAGUGUGGGGUGCCGGAAUGCCCACCUGUACAUGUGUCUCCGGUGUCUCCGCCGGCGUCUCCCUGGGGCACUGCGGAGCGACGCAUGCAUGUUCCUGCGGCAAAUGUAUGCUGGCGAAAAUAACACACUGGCGGCGCCCUUCGCCAAUUUGCGGAUUUCGGCCUGUCCAUGCUGCCCCGACCCCGAGAAAGCUUGGCAAUUUGGAGACCCUUUCAAAUGCCCUUUCUGCUACGGAGACAGUUCCUUGGGCGUUGGUAACCAAGGCAGUGAGGCAGGGCAGGACGCUGGACCCGGGCGGGGCGAUGCAGCCCAACAAACGUGGGGCGGAGCUUCGCCCGAGGCCCGCGGAGACCAUCGGGGACUGCAGACCCCACGCGCGCAGGCCGUGGCGUGGAGACGCGGCGGGGUCGGGGACAGGAGCAGCUUGGGAGUAGGCGAGGGAGAGCGCGAAAGGAGACUGAGACGCCUCGAGGGGCGCCUCGCCGCUCAGCUUGCAGAGCCAGAAGGGGACAGCUCGCCGGAGGAUGAGGCCGCCCGUUCGGUUUUCCAGCUGUUCCAGCAGCUGCCUCCAACUUCGCACUUGGCCUUGCGGCUCGAGUGUCUCCUUCGCCGCCGCCUGCGCCGACACGCAGUCAGCCUGUUGCGUUCUCAAGAGCAGGCACCAAAGGAGCCUCGAGUUCAAGAACUUGUCGCCCUUCCCUCUUCGGCCUCGGCUGCUAUUCGGCGGCAGGGUAAAAGCGAGGUCGAUGAGCCGCGAGAGAGCGCGGACACAGAUGGCGAAAGCAGAGAAGAGAAGGCGGACCGCCCAGGGGCAGAGGGUGAAGGAGAGCGUGCUCCUGAAAAGGUAGACGAAGAGACAGGCGAGACGAAGGAGCUCGAAGUGGCGAAAGAAAGCGGUGAAGAAGCGAGGACAGGCGGAGGCCUGGAAGCGUUUUUGGAAGCCGGGAAGGAAGGCGCUCAGGAAGGCGACGGGGGAGAAGAAGAUCAGAGAGAAGGUCGAAGCGAAGAAGAGAGGGUCGCGACAAAGCACACUCAGGACAAGAAGCAAGAGACGAGAGACACGGGACUUAUCUCGGCAGUGUCCGAGUGGGACGACGAGGACGACUUUUCUCUCUUGGAAGAAGAGGGUCAAGCGAGCCAAGCCGGUGGAUGGAUUGAAGAGGAUGAAACUCAACCUCCAGAGGCGAGGGGAAGCACGUCUUCGGGCGGCCAGGGGUACUGGUCCACCACCGAUGUGGCUGUCAGCAACGAGGCCCGACGCCUGGAGAUUUUGCACAAACACCGUCUUGAGCAUCACUGCAUUUGGAAGCUGCAUCGGUGCAGCAGUCGAGGCAACAUUUUGAUUCUUCGGAGUUUCGCAGCUUCGUUGCUUCAAGGACGCCGGAUGCCGGCGGCUCUGGUGCGGCCCCCGUUGGAAGACGACUCGUCGCUCACACAGGUGAACUUGCUCUCGUCCGUGUCUUCCUUGUCCGUGUCUCCUUCGCCCUCCCGCCAGCAUUGGGCCUCUGCGCGCGCCGGGGGCCCUGCGUCGCGGGUGUCUCCGCCGUCGCGGCAAGGCCUGCGGCCGCGGCGCGCGCGCGACCGCGACCGCGACGAGGAUGACGAAGAGAGCGACAGCGACUUCGAAGGCGACGAGUCGGUGGAGGGUCCUUCGCGCCUGUCUCCGGCAUCGGGCUCCGCUUCUGGGCCGGCGCCGCACAGCGGCGGGACUUCGGCCACGACUGUUUCUCGCUCGGGGCGCGUUGUGGGGUUUCGCGACCUGCCAAGCGGCCGGGCCCAGGCGACGCCUGUCUCGCGUGUCUCGUCCCGAAACCCUCUGCGCCGCGUCGCGGACCUCCAGUCUCUCUCUUCGUCUCUGUUUGCUGCCGGGUCGUCGACCCGCGGCGGCUCGCCCACGGGCGCGCGAAGCAGGCGAAGAGGGUCUCGGUGGCGCCUGAGGCCCGACGAAGGAUGGACCAGCGAGAGCGCGACUGAGGAGGAAGCCGAGGAAGAGCGCGAGCGGCGGGGCGGACGGCGGUCGUGCCGCCUCGCGGGUGAGUCGACCGUGGACCCGCGCGCGAUGCUUCAGGAUCCCACGCUGCCUUCGAGCGUGCAGCGCGUCCUGAGGCAGCUCCUGGACGACGAUGAACUCAAGCAGCUGAGGCAACAAGAGAGGCAAAACCAGAAGGACAAGCAGGCGAGGGAAACGAAGAAGCGCGCCGACGGCGAAGAAGACGAGAGCCUCUGGGGCGAGCUGCCACCCGACCGCAUUGACGCGGAGGGCCGCGAACAGCACGUGCUCUUCUUCGCCAGUGUGCGCAAGACCGAAGAGGAAAGAGAGGCAAGGCAGUGCCUCUCGAGCAAAGAAGAGGCAGCGAACUCGGAAUCGAAGGAGGAACAGAUAGAAGCGACUGGAGAUGUCGAUCUCACGUCCAAAGCACUCGGCGACACAGAACCAAUAUGCCCCGCCUCUGACCCUCAACCGGGGUCCAUCCCUUCCUCUUCUUCGUCCUCGUCGUCUUCUUCAUCGUCUUAUUACACCCGGGUUCCUUUGGGACCUCGUCGCUCGGAGCGGGCGCAUAGUUCGCCGACUGCCUCGUCUUCCGCUUCGCCUACUUUAGGGACAGAGUUGCCCGAGAGCGCGAAGACAGAAAACUGCGUCCUUUGUGCGGUGCCGCAUCGCUGCGAGUUGUGCAACGUCGACCGGAGCUACGUGACUGUUCCAGACUGGCGUUUCAUCAACACAUUGGAAGAUUUCGACGAAGGUCUGAACGCGGAAGAAGAGAAGAAGGCUUUCCAGAGCCGCCUUCUCGCCGGGGAAAUCCGCUCCACGUCCGUCCUCCAUCUCCCGCUCGGCGAGCUUGUUGGGCCUUUUUUCCUUGCGCCCUCACAAAGCGACAGCCCCAGGGCGAGGGGCCGGGGCGACAGGAAUGCGGGGGCAGAGAUAGCACAUGCGCGAGAGCAGCGGCGCAGAGGCGAGUUGUGCGGAGAAAGAGAAGCGCGAGGCGACACUGCCGGGACAUGGCUCCACAUCAGGUGUCUCAUGGCCGUCACCGAUCUCGACGUCGAUUGCCACGCGCGCGGCUUCAACAAUCUCAAGGCCCGCAUCGAAGAGGCAAGGGGUCAUCACUGUACCUUUUGCAACGCGAGGGGACCCACGGUUCAAUGCGCCUUUUGCCCUCGCGCGUUUCACUAUCCUUGUUCGCUCAAGUCGUACCUGGCCUCAGGCUUAACAACGGAACAACUGGGGCUUUCUUCCGCUGCCUUCGCUUUGCCUUCUUCCUCUGUCUCGCUGCCAUCUUCUUCAUUUGCUUGCUCGUUGUCAACUUCGUUUUCCUCAAUGUCCUGUAUGGAGGACACCCCGGCUCUGCGAGGGGCGCGAGCAGCCGCUUUCGCCGCCGCCGUGAAACUCCAGCCUCAUCAGCGAACGAGGUGCCUACCUGACCCUCUGUACUACGGGCAUUAUGUGUGCUUCUGGUGCCGCAAAUCGCGACAAAUAAAGACUCUCCUUUCCUAUCUGACAGGCGAAGUCUUCCUCUCCUCCCAAAGCCGCCACUGGCUCUCGGUCUCCCACCGUUGCCCUGCAGGAUUCAUUCCAAAUACGCCAGCUUCUCUCUCUCAAACGAGUGGUUUCCUCUCUUCUUACUGUUCAUCUUGUUCUUCCGGUUCCGCCAGUUCUCUUUCCUGUUCUCACGGCCGCGUCCUUCCUCUCCCUCCUUUAGGCUUCAGCUGUGUGAAGAAGAACAGCCGAAGGGAAGGCACACGCUGGCAAGAUGAGGCGUCGGGAAACCGACCGCUAGGCGGGCAUCUAACAGAGAAGCAAGUUGAAGAGGAGACAUCGAGAAAGGGAGCGACAGGAGCUUUUCGGGCUUUACCUUGGGCAGAAGGAGAUUGGAAUAAUAUCACUGAGGCAGAUGCGCUGGAGGAAACAUCUGCGGAGAGAAGGCGAGAGGCGCCCAAAGACGGAGAAGAGACGCGAGCGGGGGUGGACGCGACUGUGGGUCAAGACAGGACAAAUGAAGUGGACGAAACAGACAACGAAUGCGCGACUGCCCCUUCCUUCUGCCCACAGAGAAGGGUCGAGAACGGCAGGAAGAAAACUUCUCUCCUGGACUCUGUCAUCCUUCUUCCGAAAGACGAAAUCCCAUGUUGUUUCACUAGUGUCGGGGUGUACGUACCGCAGCUCGGAGACGUUUUGAGGUACUUCCCUCACCUGCACCAGAACCCUAUCCUUCCUCACGACCGCGUCCAACUCUGGCAACCAGAGCUCUUUGUGCCAUGUGACGUCCAAGUCACCAACAUCAGCUACGAGUUUCCUGGCCUGCCAGUCGACGAAGAGCCAACAGCGAUCUUCGCGGUGCUCGAGCUGACUGUGGUGCGGCCACAGUAUUUGUACGGCCGUCGGUUCGCGGUCCAUUUUGCUCCGUCUCUGGACGGCGAAGCGGACUACCUCGUUCCCCUUCUCGACGUGAACAGGGGCCUUUUGCGUCUCUCUCAGCUUCGCGAGGGUGACGACUGUCGUGCGUACAUGGACGGACAAUUCUACACUGCGCGCGUCGAGCAGAUCAAGAGGGGGCCCGAAGCCCUUUUGGAGGCCUUCACUCCGGCGCAGGAAACGCCUCUAAUCCCUUCGGCCUCAUCUUCGCUGGGUUCCUCGACUUCUGUUUCUCCGCUUUCCGACUUGGCGACAAACACUGCGAAUUCCAGGCCUUGCCCGUCGCUCUUGGCUGGAGCCGCUGCGGCCGCACGCGCCUCCUCGAAUGCGAGUGUCCAACGCAAUUUGGAGGAGAAAGGAGAAGAAGAGAGACAUUCUGAAAGAGACAGCAGGACACCUGAGGCACGCUCCGGCGCUCCUCCGUCCAGCUCUCUGUCACCAUCUUCCUUGAACGGGCGCCCCACAACCGCCACAGGCCACGCGAGCUCAGAAAGGCUGUCUUCCGGUUCUUCGUCAUCCUCGUCUGAGAGCGGCGAAUGCGGAAGUUUGCGAGUUCGAGGCAGGAAAGAUUCGGAAAGUAUCGACGGGGCUCUGGCGAUUCAGGCCUCUCUCGCCUCGUUUGACUGGCCAGUCUUCCCCACCCCAGGUGUCGUGAACUGCGCGCAUCUUCGCCUGAGGGAGGAGACGAUGACGCAGCGCGUUCAGCGAGACCAACGCGCGAGAGCAGACACAGAAUCCCUCUUCAGCAGCGACUUCUUUGUGGAACGAAGUGUGCAGCAGCGGCGCUGGCUGCAGACUGCGAGCCUAGGCGUGGAGGCAAUUCGCGUGCACUACUACUCAAGCGAAGAAGGCGAGAAGGCCGCCUGUCCAGCCUCCGCGUCGCAGGGGCCCGAAACUGGGAGCCGAACCUCAGGGCGGCGCGGAAUGAAGGACAACGAGCGCGGGCGGAAGCAGGAGUUUGCGGCUUGCCGACAGGAAGAUGCAGACACUUCUCAGGCAGGCGACGAAGAGCAGUGGUUGAACGCAUGGGAAGUAGAUUUUCCCGUCGGCGACCGCGACCGCAUGCACGUGGAGCUCCAGUGGAAACUGCAAGAGGCGGAGUUUCCGCGGAGGCGCCAGCUCGAGCUGUUCGCUGCGCUGGACGCGCUGAUGACGAUGCCCGACACAGAGGCGAACUUGGAAGACGACCUGGGGAGGGACGACGGAGCGAAGAGGGGCAGCUCGCGCCGAGGCGACCGCCGGAGGCGUCGCGGCCGAUCCAGGAGGCGGCGGGGAGCGGCGGACACGGGCGAAGAGCCGCGAGAAGAAGACGAAGGGGACGAGGACGAAGGCGGGUUGUGUGCGGCUUUUGGCGGCCGCGAUGCAAGCGUCGAGGACGGGAAAGAAGAUGCCCCUUCUGCCUUGCCCGCCCUGUUUGAACUGUUCAUUGAACCCAUCGAGACGAUCGGUGAGACGCGCGGCGCGCGCAGGUCAGUCCCCUCCUGGCUCGAGCGGUACUGGAAAGAAGUGCCUCUUCCUAUCAGUUUGUCGCUGAUUCGCAAACGCCUCUGGAACGGCUUCUACCGUCGCGAGCCUGCUCUCCACUUUGACUUCCACCUUCUCCUGUGUGACUGCCGCCUGUUCAACCCACCUGGGGACCCGGUGCACACACUGUCGUAUCGCCUGGAAGAAGAGCUGGUCCGGAAAGGCCUGCUGCCGAGGGGGCCGCUGCACGAGAAGAAGGGAAGGCCUGCGAGAGGGAAGGGCUUGGGUGUCGACUCCGCGGAGGCCGACGCAACCCAGCAAAACCUUCUCCUGAUCCUGCGAAGGCACGCGGAGACGCAGCUGGCGCUGGCCGCGGAACUCGAAGAACGCAUCCAGAAAGCUGCAAUCCAGUGGGUCAAGGAACGAAAGCAGACGUGCGAGAGCGGCGACGGAAAGACGGGGAAGGAGAGGGAGAUGGACUUUGGAUCGAAGAAAGAAGAGGGAGAGACGGCGGAAGGAAGACAAACACAAGACGAAAAAAGAGAAGAAGAGAAGCGGAGAAAGGCGCGGCUGCGGCGAUUUGAAGAGCACACUGAAACUCAGGGCUCUCCCGAAGAGACACAUUUCUCUGCUGCAGCAUCGCCUCCCAGCGCUUCGAUGAAACAGAUAAGAAAAGCUAGUCAUGUGCCAGGGACGCCUUCGUCUUCUCCAGGCGCUUACGGUGAGGGCAGCCACGCCCUGGUAGCUGACCAGAGAGAAGAAUCUUCGAGCAACAGGGCCGUCGGUGAGGAGACGUGCGAGAUAAAGCAAGAAGAACGACUUGUCUCGAAUCUGGGAACUGCGGCGCAGCACCCACAUCCUUCACUUUCCGCUGCGUCGUGUGCCUCGAGUCCAGCGGGUGGGAGAGGAGCCGGAGACGCCGAGGCAGUGGUGGACGGCGAUGUUUCUAGGGAUGAAGCCACGACCUCACGCGAGCGUCGGUUUCCGCAGAGCAGUUGCUCGUCGCAGAAACGACCAUCUCCCGAAGAACUCGAGUUUACGUCCUCGCUCGAGCAGAACCGAGUCGGUUCCCUUUCCCCAGAAAAUCGAGCAAAACGUCCGCGGACACUUCGGGAUUACCCCGGCUCUUCUCCGCGUUCUUCCUCUUCCCACGCGUUCCCAGCCUUGGGCGGCGGCGAGUCGGCCGCAGGCUGCGUCACCGUCCCUGCUGUUCUCGCGGAGAAGGAACCCAGCGUGGGAGGCAGACCAAAAGGCGAGGCGGUCAGCGCCACUGCUUCGCGACCUCACGGGGAGGCUUCCUCGAGCGUCGCAGAAAGCAACUCCGCACUAGGCGUCGCGAUGGGCGCACCGAUUGUCGGGACCACGCGUAGCGGCCGCGUCGUCAAACGCAGUGCUUUGUUUUCGGAAUACGGGGAGGGAGACAAACAAGAGAAGUCGAGAGGCAGCGCCAAGGAGAGAGAAAGAAAGAUGCCGCGCUUCAGUCGGGACACCGGUGGUGGACCCGCCACAGUGCCAGCACGGAGCUCCACAAGUGCAGCCGGCGGCGGCCGACGAGCGCGGCGCCCACGGCCAACUUCUCACGGGGAGGAAGAGGACGAGCCCCUCAGGGACGGAUCAGAAGGCAGGGAAGAAGAACUCCUCAAGAAGGCGCUCGCUCUGAGUGUCCAGACAUACAAGGAAGAGCAGGAGCGAAAGUCGCGCCUCAACUGGACGGCGGACGGAACCCCAGGAAGGGGAGAGGGAGAGGGGGAGGAGAGAAGCGACGAGAAACAGACGGGAGGAAGCGAGGGAGGAACCGGCGCGGGUGAGCAGCCGGAGAACGAGCGGAGACAGAACGGGCGACAGCUGAAUUUGAACGUUUCACGGCGCGACAAUAAGGUGGAAGGACAGGAAGAUGCAGGGACAUCACUGGGGCUUUCAAACUGGUGGAGGAGAGACGGCCAAGAAGAUCGCAGAGAGCUAGAAGGGAACGACAGGGGGGGGUCCUACGGAGAUGCAGGCGACGACAGCGCAGCGGACAGAGGCGAACUCGAACUCAGAAGUGAAGAGGACACCGAUCAAACUGGACAAUCUACUGAGGAAGAAGAGGAGGAUAGAGACGGAGAUGAAGAUUACGUUGGUGAAGAAAGGGAGGGGCGAAGACGUCAACAAAGAACCCGAUCUGGAAGACAAGGAAAGGCUGGCAGAAGAGGAGAAAGAUCGAGGGGGGGUGACCGUGCAAAGAAGCGACGAGAAAAUGCAGAUUUUGACUCACUCGCCUCUCUCUCGUCGUCGGAAAAAGAGGACCAGACAGUGUCGCCAACGAGACGAAGUGAUCGUCUUACCCUCCUGGGUAGCUGUCGCCGGCCGGAGCUGGCCAAUCUUAGGCGCUCUCUGAGGACGAAGAAUCGUUCGAGCUGA